AUGUCUGUCACGACUUCGGCAACUAUCGCCUCCUUUGGCGGCAAGCUUCUCAAGCUGGCUCAUAACUCCUCCGUUAUUGGUGGUGAAAUGAAAUUCAACCUGUAUCUCCCUCCUCAAGCUACCAAGGGUGGCUCCAAAAUACCACUUUUAAUCUAUCUUUCCGGCCUCACCUGCACCGCCGAUAACUGCUCGGAGAAAGGUUUCUUCCAGCACGGAGCAAGCAAGAAAGGCAUUGCAGUCUUGUACCCGGACACUAGCCCAAGGGGGGUUGGAAUCAAGGGUGAAGAUGACGCUUAUGACUUCGGUACCGGCGCUGGAUUCUACGUCGACGCCACUGUCGCCCCCUGGUCCACCAACUAUAAAAUGUAUUCCUAUAUCACCGACGAGCUACCAAAGACGGUGUUUUCCGUCUUCGACCAAAUAGACCCCAACAGAGUGAGCAUCACGGGCCACAGCAUGGGCGGCCACGGUGCCUUAUCACUAUACCUGAAGAACCCUGGAAAAUACAAGAGCGUUAGCGCUUUCGCUCCCAUCGCCAACCCCUUAAGAGCCCCCUGGGGAGAGAAGGCCUUCAAGGGCUAUUUCGGUGAGGAGAACUGGCAGACGAAGGGCGCCGAGCAUGACUCUACCGAGCUGCUCAAGAAGUGGAAAGGUGGAGACCUCGACAUUCUGAUCGAUGUGGGCACCGGAGACAACUUCUACAAACAAGGCCAGCUCCUACCGGAGAACUUCAUUGCCGCCGCGAAAGAAAUUGGGCAGGAGAAAGGAGUCAACGUCCGGUUCCAGCCAGACUACGACCACAGCUACUACACCAUGUCGUCCUUUGCCGAUGAUCACAUCGACCAUGCCGCGAAGCAUUUGUUUGCAUAG